AUGAGUCCAUUUGUACUGGCUGUGGUGAGCAUUGCAUUUCUCAACUUGCAGUUCCUGCAAGCUCAUGGAAGCGAACUGCUUCUGAGCUGUGGCUCCAACGGCACUGUUGGUGCUGAUGGGCGGAGAUGGACCGGGGACAUGACCCCUGAGGGGAAUUUUACCUUGAGCAGUCCUGGGCUUGCUGCAUCACUGGUCGGAAAGAGCAAUUCCGAUGAGAUAUUCGGACCGCUUUACAGUUCUGCCCGUUUCUUUGAUGCGGCAACUUGGUAUACCAUUAGUGUGCUGCCAGGAAGUUACUGUGUCAGAUUGCAUUUCUUCCCUUCGACAUUUGGGAAUUUCAGUGCAAACAAUUCUGUGUUUGAUGUCACAGCAAAUGAUUUCAAGCUUGUUUCAAAAUUCAAUGUGUCAGAGGAGAUUGCUUGGAGAGCCUCUGUGAGCAAUUCAGUCAUCAGUGCAGUUGUCAAGGAGUACUUUCUCGUAGUUGGUGCUCGUGGCCUGAAUAUUGAGUUUGAUCCAAGACCUGGGUCGUUUGCUUUUGUGAAUGCAAUUGAGGUCAUGCUGGCCCCAGAUAAUUUGUUCAAUGAUACAGUGAGCAAAGUUGGCAGUGCAGGCAUGCAACUUCCUCUUGGCUUGCGCGGCAGAGGUGUUGAGACAAUGUACCGGCUGAACAUUGGAGGUCCUGCACUUAAAUCGGCCAGUGAUCAGUAUCUCCAUAGGCCAUGGUACACUGAUGAAGCAUUCAUGUUUUCUACAAAUGCUGCUCAGACUGUGUCUAAUGUUUCAAGCAUAAUGUAUGUAUCAAGCAACGACUCAUCAAUUGCGCCAAUUGAUGUUUACGAGACUGCAAGAAUCAUGAGCAAUAACAUGGUUGUGGACAAGCGGUUUAACGUGUCAUGGCGAUUCUAUGUCCACCCAAACUUUGAUUACUUAGUCCGCCUUCAUUUCUGUGAGCUUGUCUAUGACAAGCCCAGCCAGAGGAUCUUCAAGAUCUACAUCAAUAACAAGACUGCUGCUGAGAACUAUGAUGUGUAUGUUAGGGCUGGGGGAAUUAAUAAAGCACAUCAUGAGGACUUCUUUGACAACUCAACACAGCAGGCAGACUCACUUUGGCUGCAGCUAGGCCCUGAUUCCAUGACCAGUGCCUCAGGUACUGAUGCACUUCUGAAUGGUUUGGAGAUAUUCAAGCUCAGCAAGGAUUCCGACCUUUCUUACGUGCUUGGUCAUAUUGACACGGGCAACCAAAGGGGUUCUUCAAAAAGGGGAAAGAAUAAAGGUCUAUGGGAAGAAGUUGGUAUUGGCUCAGCAUCUUUAGUUGUAGUUACAAGUGUUGUUCUGUUCUCUUGGUGUUAUAUAAGAAAGAAACGAAAAGCUGUCAAGAAGGAGGCCCCUCCCGGCUGGCAUCCGUUGGUUCUCCAUGAGGCUAUGAAAAGCACUACAGAUGCCCGUGCAACCAGUAAAUCGUCCUUGGCACGAAAUGCCUCUUCCAUCGGUCAUAGGAUGGGAAGAAGAUUCGGCAUUGCAGAGAUUAGGGCUGCCACGAAGAAUUUUGAUGAGUCCUUAAUCAUUGGAACUGGAGGAUUUGGAAAGGUCUACAAAGGUGAGAUCGAUGAGGGCACUACAGUGGCUAUCAAGCGUGCUAAUACAUUAUGUGGCCAGGGUCUAAAAGAAUUUGAAACAGAGAUUGAGAUGCUUUCCAAGCUUCGGCACCGGCACCUUGUUGCAAUGAUUGGCUACUGUGAAGAGCAGAAAGAGAUGAUUCUAGUUUACGAAUACAUGGCUAAGGGAACACUGAGAAGCCAUCUCUAUGGGAGCAACCUUCCUCCUCUGACAUGGAAGCAACGGAUUGAUGCAUGCAUUGGUGCGGCCCGUGGCCUUCACUACCUCCACACAGGAGCGGACCGAGGUAUAAUCCACAGGGAUGUAAAGACCACUAACAUUCUGUUGGACGAGAAUUUUGUUGCAAAAAUAGCAGACUUUGGGCUGUCAAAAACUGGACCAACGCUCGACCAAACCCAUGUUAGCACUGUAGUCAGGGGAAGCUUUGGAUACCUAGAUCCUGAGUACUUCCGGAGGCAGCAACUCACACAAAAAUCCGAUGUGUAUUCUUUUGGAGUGGUGCUCUUUGAAGUUGCCUGUGCAAGGUCUGUGAUAGAUCCCACAUUGCCAAAGGAUCAAAUCAACUUGGCAGAGUGGGCGAUGAGGUGGCAGCGCCAGCGCUCGCUGGAAGCAAUCAUGGAUCCUCGUCUGGAUGGUGACUUCUCAUCAGAAUCCCUGAAGAAGUUUGGUGAGAUUGCGGAGAAAUGUCUCGCUGAUGAUGGGAGAAGCAGGCCAUCAAUGGGUGAGGUCCUGUGGCACCUUGAGUAUGUGCUGCAGCUCCAUGAAGCUUACAAGCGAAAUGUAGAGUCUGAAUCGUUUGGAAGCGGUGAAUUGGGAUUCGCUGAUAUAUCCUUUAGCCUUCCUCACAUCAGAGAGGGGGAAGAGGAACGCCACUCUAAGCCAUCAAGUAUCAGAGAGGAACUAGACACAUGA